CUUGUCAUCCCAAGGCUCAUCAGUAACGGAAGAAGCACCAGUGCGUAAAGAUGAACCGUUUGGUUCAACGGAUGAUCAUCCUUUCGCCGACCCGGCCAUGGCCACGCAUUGGCGUGAUGUUUACGAAAAGGCAAACUAUGAAAAUCGCCAUCGCUUUGAUCCCGAGUUCAAGUGGACGGCAGAAGAAGAGAAGAGACUGGUCAGAAAGAUUGAUCUCAGAAUAAUGGUGUGGGCUUGGGUCAUGUUUUGUGCUCUUGAUCUCCAUCGUCGAAAUAUUAAUCGUGCUAUCUCAGAUAACAUGCUUCCAGAAGUAGGCAUGAACACGAAUGACUUCAACUACGGACAAACGAUAUUUCUAGUCACUUUCCUUGCUGCCGAACUGCCUAGCGGUCUAAUUAGCAAGCGAAUAGGAGCCGAUAGAUGGAUUCCGUUUAUCAUGAUGAGCUGGUCCAUUGUUGCUGGUAGCCAAGCAUUCAUCCAUAGCAGGGCGGCCUUUUUCGCCAUCAAAGCUUUACUCGGCCUACUUAUGGGCGGUUUUAUUCCUGAUAUUGUUCUUUGGCUUACAUAUUUCUACAAGUCGAAUGAGCUUCCUGUCAGACUGGCUUGGUUCUGGACUGCUCUAAGUACAGUCAACAUUGUCGGCUCAUUGAUUGCUUCGGGUGUUCUCCAAAUGAGAGGAAUUGCAGGCUGGGGAGGCUGGCGAUGGCUAUUUCUGAUCGAGGGUAUUUUGACACUUAUUGUUGGCACGUUCUCUUGGGUUCUUAUGCCUCCUGGACCGUGUCAGACCCGAAACUGGUUCCGUGGCAAAGACGGCUGGUUCACCGAACGAGAGGAGUUCAUAAUGGUCAACAGACUUUUGCGCGAUGACCCAAGCAAAGGAGACAUGAACAACCGACAAGGUGUCGGCCCAAGCCUCUUGCUAAAGGUGCUUCACGACUGGGAACAGUGGCCGCUCUACCUUCUUGGUCUCGUCGUCUACAUCCCACCAGGCCCUCCGAGUACAUAUUUGUCCUUUAUCCUACGAAACAUUGGCUUUUCGGUGUUCAAAGCCAACUUACUCACUAUCCCGUCUCAAUUCCUGUUUGCAGUCAAUCUCAUCAUCAUCUCCUGGGUGUCUGAACGAUUCAAGGAACGCGCCAUAAUUUCGUCAAUUUCCAACAUUUGGAUCUUUCCAUGGCUCAUCGCUCUGGUUACGCUCAAAGCAGAUGCAUCGCCCUGGAUACGAUAUGCUCUUCUAACGGGUUUACUAAGCUACCCAUACUGUCACGCUAUUGUGGUCAGCUGGAAUGCCAAGAAUAGUAACGCAGUCCGUACACGAGCUGUCAGUGCUGCGCUGUAUAACAUGUUUGUGCAGAGUGGCAACAUCAUCUCCUCCAACAUUUACCGAGACGACGACCAGCCUCUAUACAGGCGGGGAAAUAAGAUCUUGCUCGCCAUCAACUGCUUCAACAUUGUUCUCUUCUAUCUUGUCAAAAUAUUUUACAUUUGGCGAAAUAAAGUAAGAGACAGGCAAUGGAACGCCAUGACAAAAGAAGAGCAAGAGGACUACUCGCUCAACACCAAAGAUGAAGGAAUGAAGCGUCUAGACUUUAGAUUCGUUCACUAG